AAUGGAUACACAAGAUAGGGUUGAGAUGAGGAUGAUAUUCAGGUGUGAAUCAACCAAGCCUGAAGAAAGAAUCAUCCUAGUUGGCUCACUGCCAGAAUUGGGUUCGUGGGACCCUUCCAAAGGAGUCAAGCUAUUAACUGAUGCUACUUGUUUUCCCUUUUGGAGUGGUACAAUUCACAUUCCAACAAUGAGCACCUUUGAAUAUAAAUAUGUGAUAGUCAAUUCCAUAAAUAACACUGUAAGCAGAUGGGAAGAAUUGCCAGACAAUGGUAACAGAAUACUUACUGUGAAGCAAAAAGGAAUUUUCUCUGUUGAGGAGCAGGAAGGAUCAAGGCAUAUCCAAAUAAAAAUGAUUAAACUAACCAAGAGUAUAUCUAGCAUCUUCAAAAAUAGGCUUAGCCAAUUCAGUAGGGAUAAGCCUAAAUAAGAAGCUUACUAAAAUAAGAUCUCAUGAUUUUAAUUCAGACCCAAAGCAUCAAGUAAAGUUUGCAGAAACCUUUGCCACCUCAGUUCCAAGGAAGAAGACUAAUUUAGAAGAAGAAAAGCAAACUGCUGUAUUAGAAGAGAGAAAUGAAAAAUCAGAAAAUUCUUUAGAGAAAGAUAGGCUAAAUCUGAUGAGCAAGAAACAAAAGUCUUUCUACAACCUCCAAGAACUAAAGCUUGGCCAGAAUAAGUUAAUUGAUGAAAUGGACUCAUCUUCUGAAGAAGAUGAGCACCAUCGGAAAGCAUCAGGAGUUGUCAGGAACCUCAAGGAUUUAGAGAUGAAGGUCCUUAGUGUCCAAGAUUUUACAAAGUUGGAAAAUUUAGAUUCAAACGCAGUUCAGAAAAAUGAGAGUCAGGCUCCUGCAGUCAAAUUAGACACAGAUUAUUCAAAGGGAUUUGAAGAUGCUCAUUCCUCUAAGCAUGAAUUUGAACUAACAGAGAAAGAGUUUGUAAUAAUGGUAUCUAUGAUUCUCCCAUUGAAAAUAUCCAAAGACCCAACAGGAAAGAUUUCUCUUGUCCCUAGCUCCUCCCUUCUUUACUCAAAGCUAUAUGAUAGAGAUCCUGGAUCAAAAGUUGAAGAGUGGUGGAUUGGAUGGGCAGCUUAUCACCCUAAAGACGAUAAAGAGAAGGAAGAAAUCACCAAUCUUCUACGUGAAAAGAGAUGCAUGCCAAUUUUUUUUGAAAAAGAAGUCAUAGCUGAGUUUUAUAAUUUCUAUGAAAGACAAGUAAUCCCCCUUUUCCACAAUUUCAAAACUCAUUAUGAGCACAAAGAGUCUUAUGACCAGUUUGAUGACUGGAAUUGAUAUAGAGAAGUUAACCAAAUAUUCGCUGAUUUUAUUGUAGAGUUCAUUAAUAACGAAGUUUAUCCAAAGAAGAAAAAUCCUAUCAUCUGGGUGAACAAUCAGCAUUUCAUCAUGGUGCCUCGCUACUUAAGAGAAAAUAACAUUGAUACAUGUAUUGGGCUUUUCCUGCAUUGUCCAUUCCCUGCUAGUGAGAUCUUCAGACUCAUUCCAUACAGAGAAAGACUUCUCAAAUCUCUGCUAAAUUGUGACUGAAUUGGCUUCCACUCCUUUGAAUAUGCAAGAAACUUCUUUACUAUCUGUAAAAGAAUUUUAAAUGUGGACUUCGAGUUCAGAAGAAGUGGCCAAAUAGGUAUUGAUUAUAAUGGAAGAAAUGUUUCGCUAGUUAUUGCUCAUGUAGGAGUCUCAUAUGACUCAAUCUACAAUCAUGUCCAUUCUCCAGCAUUCAAGAGGUUAUUAAAGACUUGUAAAAGAAAGACAAAGACCAUAAUUUCCUCAAUUGAUACAUUGACUCAUAUUGCUGGGAUUAAAGAGAAAUUCCUUGCUUUCCAAAAGCUACUCAGGAUGAACCCAGCACUAGCUGGCGAAUGUAAAUUGAUCCAGUACCUCGACCCUAUCUCUGUUGGAAAGGAAUUCAAAGUAAAGGAAUACAAGGACAUCAUCACCAAGAUUAAAGAUGAUAUUAAAAAGGAGUUUGGAUCAAAGGUCAUUUCCGUAAAAUAUGAAGUUCUCACGGAAAAAUAAGAGGAUUCUCCUCUGGGCUAGGACCAACAUCCUCUUCAAUUGAACUCUCAGAGGAGGUCUGAGACUUCCCUCUCUAGAGUAUAUAGCAACCAGAUGAUCCCUGAAAAAGGAGAGUAACUCCCUUAUUGUUCUCUCAGAAUUUGCAGGAGGAAUUAGAGCGCUUGGAGGAGUCUUAAAAUGUAAUCCUCACAGCUUGAAAGAAACCUCAAAUAUUCUUGAAAGAGCAAUGAGUAUGGACAAGAAAGAAAAACAUAAGAGGAUGAGAAAUAUGCUGCAAUAUGUCCUCAAGCAUUCAACUCUAAGCUGGGCAAACCAGUUUUUAAGAGAUUUGAAAUGCUCUCACGAAACAACAGAAUCUUCUCUAUUCCUGGGGAUAGAGUCAGAGGUUGUCAAGCACAGAUUGAUUCAUCGAAAGAAUACAAAACCAUUAGAUCAUGAAGCUUUCUUAAAUGCUUAUGAGAACACCUCAAAAAGACUUAUAAUGAUCGACACUCACGGGAUUGAUAGUAUGCAAGGAAAGGCGACUGCAAAUGAUUUCAAUUUCAGCCACCCAGAGAUUUCAGAUAAAGCUAUUCAUUUACUAGACUCUCUUUCCAGAGAAGUAGAGAAUAAAGUAUGGAUUAUUGGCCCUGAUGGAAAAUAACCAGCUAGACCUUAUCAUUAAGAAGAGUGAUAGGUAUGAUGAAACCAGCUCUAAAAAGACAAGAGAAAACAAGUGGGAUAGAUUACUGAAAGAAUUAGAUAAUUCAUGGAUUGAAGAAGCUAAAAGAAUCAUGAAAGUUUACUGUGAAUCAGUUGAUGGCUCUUUCAUUGAAGAGCAUGAAAGCACGAUCAUGUGGAAUUUUAGCAUAGUAGAUUCUGAAUAUGGAAACUCUGCUGCAAAACAAAUGAAACUUGAUCUUCAAGAAACCUUAAAAUAUUUUAACAUUGAGGUUUGUAUCGGAAAGGGAUAUCUUGAAGCAAGAAACAAAAAUAUUAAAGAAAUCGUUGUAAACAAGAUCCUUAAAGGUUAUUCCAGAACUGCCGACAUUGACUUUAUCCUAUACAUAGGAGACGAUAAUUCAAAUGAAGAAAUUUUCUCUUUGUUAAAAGACCAGACAAAGAUGAAUGAAUAUUGCACCAAGAAUUUCACAUCUUUUCUCUGCACUAUUGGAAAGAGACCUACUAAAGCCAAAUAUUAUAUCGAAGACCUUGAGCAUUUACUGAAAGAACUUUUUGACAAUCAGAAGUCAAUUAAAUCCGAAAGCAUUCAAUAAUA